AUGACAUUCGGUGACAGCAUCAAGUCGUUGCUCGACACAUAUGCGAACUGCAUCUCGCUACUCAAAGCCUUUGGGCGUGGUCGUGAAGAGGAUGGGUCGGUCAACUCUGAAAAGCAACGUUCCCAUCUCCGCAAGUCCCUAAAGUCCGACCGUUCCUCAAUCAAACGGGCGUACUCUUCUAAGUUGUCUGCCUCUGGGGACCGUUUCAGGAAAGGCGACGCCAAGCUGCCCCAAACAACAAUCCGACGCCCUGCGAGUCCUGGGAUGUCACAGUUGGCUGUGCCAAACAGGAUAUCGAUACUGUCGUUCGCCUCUGACAGCACCAAGCUAGGGGAGAUCCCGCAGAGGAAGUGGCAGUCGGUCAUGCAAUAUGGGGCAACUGACCCAGACGGUGACGAGUAUAACGUGCGCCCCACGUUCCCGCUGAAGCCGUACACAGUUGAGGUCAAGGAGAAGAGGUUUUUUGGCUUGUUCAGUCGGAAGCGUGGAACAUGA